AAAUGUUGCAAGAUGUGUUUUUUUUUUCUCUCUUUCUUUUCUCCGUCUACUUCCUUCACAUCUUCGUUAACACCUUACCUAUCUCUCCGGACGGCGAACAUCUUCAAAUCAACAACGACGGAAAACCCAAUUUCUCAAAAUCCGAAAGUUGCACACUUUUUGAUUUUGAAAGAUGGACGAUUACACUAGAGAGAUGAUGGAUCUCAAGACCUUAGUCACUCGAACCCUGGAGAAGAAGGGUGUCCUCGCUAAGAUUCGGGCUGAGUUACGAGCGAGUGUGUUUGAGGCAAUUGAAGAAGAGGAUCGAGUGAUUGAGAACAACGAAGGGCUGCCUCCAGCUUUGUUGGGAAGCUGCAAUGACCGUGCAAGGCAGCUUCAUGCUCUUCCUUCAGGUAGGUUGCUUUGUGCGUUAGUUUGUGAGUACUUGGAGUGGGCGCAACUCGAUCACACCCUCAAAGUGUAUCAACCCGAAUGCAAUUUGCAAAAGGACUCUUGGAAGUCUGAAUUAAGCGACUUUAGCAGCAACCAUGGUUAUGAGCUCAAUAGAAAUGGAGAUAGCGCACCUCUCCUUCUCGAUGUUCUUGAAGGAUUCUUGAAGUUCGAGAGCAUGACACAGAACAUGGGUGGUGGUAAUUCAAGGAGAGAGUCUGAAACCGAGUCUUCAUCAAGCCUUGACUCUAGGAAUCCUCCUCGCAGAUCAUCUGCUUCUGACAACUUACCUCCUCUACGAAGGACGGGUUCUGGAUCCCAAGGAUCGGAUAGAAGAGGUGGGACUAAUUACAGAAAAGAUGAAAUCAACUGGAGACACGGUAAUCAAGAUGCGCAUGAAGAGGUAAUGAGAGCUUCAGCGGCACUUGAAAAUCUUCAGCUUGAUAGGAAAACUCGGAACAUGACAUCCUCCUGGAGGAAUGUGAGAGAUGGAGCAAGUGAAGACGAUGGGAGGGAUUGAGUUAGGGUUGCGAAUAAAAUGCAGCUUCUGAGAAUGAGUGUUGGUUUGUGUACGUGUGAUAUGUAUGUAUGUUCUUUAUUUGCAAACUGUGUGUUUCGUUGGAACCCCUUUGUCUCUUUAAGGUUAUUCAUGAGAUCAUAUUGAACGGUUUAA